CGCCUUUAAAUUCCAACCACCAUGAACACAGCCAGUCCUCAUUUCGUGCCCAAAAAUCAACCCCCUCGCACCCCGGAUCGCCGUAACGGAUCGGAACUUGCCAGCUUCUCAAGUACUCCUUAUAGCAAGGGAACCGCGUCUCACCGCGAAGAAAAACAUCAUACUCAUAAAGAAAUCGACGAAGUCCUUCGCCAUGACAUUAUGAACGACAAGCGCGUCGACUUGGACCUCUUCAUGUCGACGGUCCUUCAUACACCCAACCCGCCCCCAUCGACCGAAGUCACAGUCAUAGACGAAAUCGUCAAGUCCCACGAAUUUACCAGGCUCCUUGAAGAAUACAGCAAGCCCGUUGCAUGUGAGGAGGAAAAGUACCCAAGAUUCACGAAACUAUGCAGAUAUAGUAUUGCCCGGAUGGUAGAGAAGAAGAUAACGAAGAACGAACUGGGGUUUACGCUUUGUGUCAACGACCCUGAGUAUAUUCGCGGGUCAGAAGGCCACCGAAAGCCAGAUGUGGUUGGCACUGCAUACAAGGCUAUCGAUAUCAGAUGUCGAGAAUGGGAUUACGAGACGAACAAAAGGAUUAACAACAGCAACAAAAAACGCGGGAAUAAGAUUAACGGGAGAAAGAAGAGAAAUGGGAAACUGGUGAAAUCGCAGUGGACCGCGCGAAAUGCUCCGACACCGACUCUCGAGAACAUUAUCGACACGAUCACGUCGCCUCCCAAAUUUCCGCUGAUGUGGAGCGACCUCUUCAUGUUCGCCGAGUUUAAGGUCGAACAGUACGAUCAACAAGAUAUAGAGGAACACAGCCCUUCUCAGCAAGUGCCAUCUCCUCCGCCUACAAUUUCUGUUACACGACGAUCAAAGAAUCCCAGCAACCAAACCAACGACUCGCAACUCACCAAAGCCUCCAACUCCCAUCCUCCUAAAUUUAACAGAGCUGGCAGUUCUCAUACCACCUCCCGAAGUGGAAGCACCGCUGGUCCUCUGGCUCCGAGCGGCAGUGGUGUGGGCGCUUCGGGUGUCUCCUCUCGCCCUGGGAGUACUUCAUCAAAACGCCUUCACGACGACGACGAUUUCACGGAAGUUGUAGAGCCUCAAUCAAAACGACUCAAGAUAACUCCUGUGGAUAUCCGUGUACAGUGCGCUGGAUAUGCCCACCUUCUGUUCAAUCGAGGGGGAGUUCGCACUCAUAUCAUUGGGGCUCUCGUCACCGAUAACGUACUCGAGCUUCUGCUUUAUACGCGCUCGGGGGGUUGCUUCACGCAACCUCUCAAUUUCGUCAAAGACCCGAGUCUCUUUGUACGCAUCUUGCUUGCAUUUACAAGGAUGACCUGGUCGGAGUGGGGAUUCUUCAACCGCCUGGUUCCUUGCACGCUGUCUACGCCUCAAUUUCCGGUCCCCAGCCGGGAAACCGAUCCAUGGAUGUUCAGGGGAGGUACCCUCGAUGUCGGGGAAAACAAGUGCGAGGUGUCAGAUAUCCGCAUCUUUCCCCGCGGUUUAAUUAGUCGUGGCACUUGUACGAUGGGCAUAAAGGCUGAGAGCGGGAAGCUAUUCGGUAAAACAGAGGUUCGAGGACUGAUCUUGAAGAUCUCGAGUGCUCCGACCACCCGGCAAGCUGAGCAAGUCUUCAUCAAGAAAGCGAGAGUAGCAGCGGAUUCUCGCGCUCAGGAUCAAUGGGUUCUAGACCACCUUCCGGAUAUGCUCGAUUCGGGCGAGUUUGAAGGCACUGUGUCGUUCGAACAACUUUUUGGGGAAGAAUAUGAAAAGAGGACCCUCCGAUACUUGGUUGUGGAAGAAUUAUUUCCGAUUACUGACCUCGCUGGUCCUGAGGAAUUGAGAUUAGCACUUAAAGACAUUGUCAACUGUCAUCGAUGGCUGGUCACUGUUCCGGGUAUCAUGCAUCGUGAUAUCAGCGUUAAUAACUUGAUGUUUCGUCUAACUGGCGACAGGAAAGUCGGCGUUCUUAACGACUUCGAUUUGGCGUGUACUAUGGAAGAAAAUCGACGUGCUACAUCCAAACAGCGAACAGGUACCAAACCUUUUAUCGCAAUAGAUCUCUUGACGCUUGUCAAGGGAGCUGAAGGAUCAGCGAAGCACUUUGUGCGCUAUGACCUCGAAUCACUUGUCUAUGUCUUCGCGUGGAUCAUCUGCCGCUACGAGAACGGACAGGAGAUUAAAGAUCCACCCCUCGAAGGGUGGUGUAAAGGCAACUGGACUGCCGUGCGGACAACAAAGCUUGCUUGGCUCAUGGACACAGAAUCUCAGGCUACCACACCCAAGUAUGAAUCCCUCAGUCCGAUUUUAGACAGCCUUCGGAUGCAAAUCCAUCUAGGAUAUAGUGCACGGUCUCGCCAUUCUCACGUUGCCCGAAUCCCUCACCUUGCCAGUGGGCUACCCCCUUUUAAAGAGGAGACCUUGGGCGAUUAUGUUACGUACGACACGGUUCUGGCUGCUCUCGAUCCUCCACCCCCAUACACAGACGCUAUCGCCCCCUCAUAACGGUCAACCUCAUUAUUCGUUAUUCUUCAUGUUAGAAUUGCAUAUAUCGUUUACUUAUCGUCUGUACUAUUUAUCUACGCAUACAUUUCUAUCAUGUUAGGCUCUCUCAUUUGCAACUGUAUCUCAACUUGUAUCCGAUCUCGC